GUCGUCACGAAAUUGGAACUCUACGAACACUUCCAACUCGGUGGAGGUUGACGACAUUUUCUGUCGAGAGCUUUCAUUCCCUGGAAGUUCUGCGAUGGUUUUGGAAGGGUUUUUCGGAAUUGUGACAGUGGUAAACACAAGUAUUUGUUUAGUGUUCCUUGUGGUUUGCCAGUAUACAGAUUCUGUCUCGUGUUAGCGACGAAUGGAUUAUUAAUUGGCGGGGUAGAGCAUCGAGCGUAGCGAUGGCGGUCAAGAGAUGGAAUCCGUUUUUGAAGUUUGGAGUUCCUCUCAUUUCUCUCACCGUUUUGGGAUCUGUGGCUCUAGCCCAUCUGCAACAGGGCAGGAAGGAUGUUCUGACGGCUCGGGAUGAGAAGGAAUGGGCAGCCAUGGCUGCCAGUAAGGCGCUAACUCGUGAAGGUGCGGUAGCCAGUGCUGUAGCAGAAGCUGUCGCACGGAAAAAAUCUCUCGAUUUAAAUGAGGAGCUGAAGGACGUUUUGAACAAAGUUAAUAUCGAUGAUUUUGAGUACGUGCGAGUGCCCAAGCUCAAAGAAGUGGCCGAGUGAUGUGGAGCUCAACAGUCUGGUCUCUUCAAAUUGCAUUUCUGGACCUCGAGAAGAAGUAACACGCCUCCGGUUAUAAUUGAAAUGCCUACUUGCUCUAUCAUGGUUGGAUGCAGACGUAAGUGCGUUUGACUCAUAUCAAUCAAGGAUACGGAUCUGUCGCCGGUCUCUUAACCAAGACAUUUCUUCCAAUAUUCAGGCACAGGAAGACGGCGGGGUCGAUGAUAUCCAGUAGUCGAUUGCUUUCUUAACAGAGAGAGCGCACUUACUUUGCGUCUAGAAACACCAACUUAGGAACAGACUGUUUCAAUGUGCACAUAACGUGUAUGUAGGAUUUGAAAAGUUGCGGGCUUGUUUACCUUUUUACUUAGUACAUCGUGGGGUCAAAUUGUUCAUUCUGGUGCCGUCUGAAGUAGAACUUUACUUCGGGAAAAGACGUUUAUGUAACGUCUACGUAUUCUUCAGAAUGUAAUUCAUAUUUUCGGCACUGUUUUUCAAUGAAUUCUGGAUAUAAUUGUAAGGACCCA